GUGAUGAUUCAUCUGUUGAUUAUUAUGGCAAUGUUGCUGUUCGAGCUCACUUGGGAAUGUCCUCCUGCCAAAACGCGAUAUGACUUUAUAAUUGGAGUGCUAAGUCCAAAGGCCGGGGAAUCGCCAUUGCAAGGAACUUUUGACGAGUAUAGCAAAAUGUCUUACGAUCGCGUAGCUAAAUGCUUCAAUACACCAUACAAUGUGAACCUUGAUGUUGAGAAUUUACUUAACAUUACCAAAGCUGGUUGGACCGACAUUAGAGAUGGUAUUGACACGGCUUUAAGUGUCCAGGCCAAUACAAAACGAGCAAUCGGUCUAUCUGUAGUCGUCGGACCAUUUUACCAGAAUCUAGCAAUGGUGUUAGAAGAAUUACAGAUCCCUUAUAUUGUCACUGACUACAUGGGCUUCGAGUGGUCAGACACCAGUCGUGUGGACAACAUCGUGAAGUGGAACACCAUUUUAGAAGUCAGACCAUCAAUGGCCGAAUUCAAUAAUGCUGUUGUUGAUUUGUUUGUUUAUAAAAAAUGGGGAAGUGCGGUGAUGAUAAUGCCCGAAUUUCCUAAAGAUAAUCAAGUGUGUCAAAAUCUUGCUCGUCAAAUGGUGGAACACAACAUUUCUCCUAUCACAUAUACACUGAAAUUCAGUGAAAUGGAAGACGAAAUGCGCAAUAAAACAGCUGAAGUUCUUAGAAAUGUUCAACUUCUGGAACAAAAACACAUUGUAAUAUGCAGUCCAAGGGAUGAUAAAUACAACCUGAUUCAACUAGUUCUUGAAGAGGCGUCACUGUUCCAAAUGCUGGCUGACGAAACGUAUAGUUUUUUUAUUCUCGAUCCAACAACCCAACUAAAACCUCUAACCGAAAUAAAUAUGUACAGAAAGGGAUUUUUUGCAGCCAAAUGCGAUAUUUUAGCGUAUCGCUACAAAGACAUAAAGAAUAAAGAAUCUAGCAAUUUUAAUUCAGGAUACGGCUUUGGAGCUGCAGACGCUGCUAAAAUUAUAAAUGACGCAAAAAAUUAUUACCUUGACCGUCAUGAGUCUGAAAAGUAUGAAGCACUGAACAAGGAACUAUUUCUCACCGUACUUAAAGAGGUUGUGAUCUCAUCAGGUGAAACUGGAUUUAUUCAAUUCAACAAAGACGGUGCUCGUGUGAACUAUUCUCUCUCGCUUUAUAAUCAUGGUGGGAUCAACAUGUACAGCAAGGAAGCAACAUGGAUGAAAAAAUCGGACGAUUUAGAGAAAUCCAAAGACACUGCUUUUCAUGGAUAUCUUAUACCAACCCAAAAAGAAAAUGCACACUCGAAAGAAGCUAGAGGGAUUUUCAAGGAUGUCGAGAGGGUCGUUGUCGUGCAGGAAGAACCAUUUGUUAUGAUUAGAAAACCACCAAAGGGAGUUUCAUUUGAAGGCAACGAUAGGUUUGAGGGCUUUACAAUCGACUUACUCAAGAAGAUAAGUCAAGAUUUGAAUUUUCAGUAUGAAAUAGUGUUAACGAACGAGUAUGGCUUACCACGCAAUAUUCAGAAAACAGAUUGGGGUGGCAUUGUUGGAGAGAUUUUAGCGAAGAAUGCAACGCUUGGGAUGGGAGCGAUAUCGAUUACUUCUGAACGAAAAUCUGUAAUAGAUUUCAGUAUUGGUGUCGUGAGUACUGGAAUCAAUAUUUUGAUCACCAGGCCGGAAGAACAAUUCAACAUGUUUCAAUUUUUAACUCCGUUUUCACUUCAAUUAUGGAUGGCAAUUAUUGGGUCAUCUCUAGGAAUAUGCAUCGUUUACCUACUAUUAGACAUAAGAAGUACACACAGAGUAUUUACUUUGAAAUCAACCCUAUGGUUUUCGUUGGGCACUUUGCUCAUGAAAGGGAGUGACACAUGUCCAAGAAGAACGUCCCAGCGGAUUCUUACCACGGGCUAUCUUUUCUUCGUACUAAUAACAGUUUCAACAUACACUGCUAACAUGGCUGCUUUCCUUACUAAAAUGAAUCUCGAAGAGCCAAUCGAUUCUUUUGAGGAACUCGCUAAGAGAGAUGAUGUAACAGUGUAUACAGUUAACAAUUCUGCCACACGAAACUUCCUCGAGAAUAGUGGUAAAAAUACUGAUUUUCAUCGAAUAUGGGAAAAGAUAGGUUUAGUGUCGAAUGCGACGGAAGGAAGACGAAAAGUAACAGACAGUCCUGGGACGUCUGCAUUUAUCUUUGACUCCAUGAUAAAUUCUUAUUCAGAAAAGAAAUAUUGUAAAACACAGUCCGUGUCGGCACCAAUUCUUCUUCAAGAACAUGGAAUAGCGAUGUACAAUGGCGCUCCAUUUAAAUCUUCGCUAAAUAUAGAAUUACUAGAAUUAAGAGAGAGUGGAUUCAUUCAAGAGUUGAAAAAAAAGUGGUGGGAAAAUACCAGAGAAUGCGAUUUCGAUUUCCAGAGCAGAAGUUCGAAACAGGUCUCUUUUGAUUUACAACACACUGCCGGAGUUUUCAUAGUUGGGUGUUUCGGUCUUGGACUUGCGUUGAUACUUUUCAUGUUCAAGAAAUUAUAUGUGACGAUGACGAGAAGAUUCAAACUCAAGACAAACAGGAAUGUAAAAGGCGACGAAACACUCUGCAAGGAGACAAGCCACGAUAUGAACAGUUAUGAUACAAAACAUUCAAUCGUUUAAAGGAAUACACAUGGUCCUGCAAGUUUAAAGAAUAACUGUGAGGUUAAUAACGAGUGAAUAAGUGCAUGAACAUACACAUAUCUACUACUACUACUACUACUUCUACUACUACUACAACAACAACAACAACAACAACAACUACUACUACUACUACCUCUACUACUUCUACUACUACUACUACUACUACUACUACUACUACUACUACUACUACUACUACUACUACUUCUACUACUACUACUACUACUACUACUACUACUUCGACUAC